CGCUUACAGAGACGAUGUAUCCUAGACUGAGCCUAUAACGGAGCGCUUGAAAAACAUAUAGAAAGGGAUUUGCGCAUAACUUUUAAAGAUUUACGUGGAUUACAAGUCGCUUUGGGAUUUGGAAGGUUGUGGUGCCUAAUUUAAGUUUGAGCAAGCUUCUUCCAACUUCACUCUCCCCCCAUGCCCACAUCAGCUGUGUCCACGUACCCUUUGCCGUGGCGCUAAGCCACCUCUGAGCUGCCCGUGUGUGUGUGUGUGUGUGUGUGUGUGUGUGUGUGUGUGUGUGAGCACCCGUGGGGAGUGUAUCGGAGGGGACCAGGUGUGUCCAGCCGUGUAAAGGUCCAGCGGCGGUGAGGAGGGAGGGGGGGCCACGUGCUGGGAGCGCGGCCGCCGUGAUUUUUCCCAGGGGGGGGCCAGGCACCCAAAGAUGAGCAAGCGCGGCUUCCAUAACAACAAAACCAUGCAAGACCGCCGCUGUGUGUGUGUGUUCCUCCCUAACGACGACACGCUCAACGUCAUCGUCAGUGUUAAGACUCUGUGUCAAGAACUCCUUGUUCAGGUGUGUGAUCUGCUGAGACUCAAGGACUGCCACCUGUUUGGACUCAGUGUCAUCCAGAACAAUGAGCACAUCUAUAUGGAGCUUGGCCAGAAGCUGUCCAAGUACUGUCCCAAAGAGUGGCGGAAAGAGGCCAGCAAGGGUAUCGACCAGUUUGGACCUCCAAUGAUCGUCCACUUCAGAGCCCAGUAUUAUGUGGAGAAUGGGCGACUGAUCAGUGAUCGCUCGGCGCGACACUACUACUACUGGCACCUGAGGAAGCAGGUGCUGCAGUCUCAGUGCAUCCAGAGAGAGGAGGCCUACUUCCUGCUGGCUGCCUUUGCCCUGCAGGCAGACCUGGGCAACUUCAAGCGCAACAAGCACUUUGGCAAAUACUUUGAGCCGGAAGCCUACUUUCCACCAUGGGUGAUUGCUAAGCGUGGCCGUGAGUACAUCCUAAGGCACAUCCCUAACAUGCAUAAAGACCAGUACGCCCUUACCGCCUCAGAAGCCCACCUCAAAUACAUCAAAGAGUCCGCCCAGCUGGACGACGUCACCGUGCACUAUUACAGACUCUACAAGGAUAAAAAAGAAGUUGAGGCCUCUCUCACUUUAGGGCUGACAUUGCGUGGAAUCCAGAUAUUUCAGAAUGUGGGUUCAGUGCGACAACUUUUGUACGACUUCCCCUGGACCAAUGUUGGCAAGCUGGUGUUUGUGGGGAAAAAGUUUGAGAUUCUGCCGGAUGGUCUGCCGUCUGCACGGAAGCUCAUCUACUACACGGGUUGCCCCAUGCGCUCGCGCCACCUCCUCCAGUUGCUUAGCAACAGCCACCGCCUCUACAUGAACCUGCCGGUACUCAAGCAGGUCCGCCGCCUGGAGGAGAAUGAAGAGAAGAAGCAGUACCGCGAGUCGUACAUCAGCGACGCGCUGGAGCUGGACAUGGACCAGCUGGACGGUCGCUCGCGUGCCAGCGGCAGCAGCAUGGGCAGCGUGUCGCGCCACAGCCUCUCGCGCCACUCCACCGCCAGCCACGGCAGCUCGCACACGUCCGGCGUGGACAUGGGCAGUUUCCGCGUCCCCCACGGGCCGCCACGGCCCCCGCUGCGCACAGGCAGCUCGUCCACCAACAGCCACGCUAGCACGCACACGUCCGGGAGAGGCGCCGGCAAGGACCGGGUGCUGGAUGAUGAUGACGAUGAUGAGAUUGAGAUGCUGGUGGAUGACCCUAAGGACUAUGAGGAGCUGCAUGAGCUGGCACUGGAGCUCAACCAGGACCUGUGCAUCCACAUCACUGAGGACAUGCUCACCUCCAGCCAGACCAAUGGAUUCUCAGGUCUUGUGGUGAAGGAUGUGAGCUCCUCAACCUCCAGCUCCUCAGAGACGGUGGUGAAGAUGAGGGGACAGAGCAUUGAGUCCCUACCACAGACGGUUGUGUGCAAGAAGGGGCAGGGCUCCACUGACCGCCACAGCCAAUCGCUGGAUGAUGUGCGGCUCUACCAGCGCAGCGUCUCGGAGUGGGCAGAUCUGUGCCAGGACACCGCCCACAGCUACACUUUCGGCUGCGCCCAGGAGCUGGACGCCGUCGCUACGGGCUACCAGGGCCUGGCGGAGCAGUGUGCCGGCAUCCGCACCGACCCGUCGGCCUUCCCCAUCAAGCGCACCAAUAAGUACUUCUCCCUGGACCUGACCACGGACGAAGUGCCCGAGUUUGUGGUGUGAGUGACUGCAGUGGAGAUGGAGGAGGAGCGGAAUGGACUCACUCACACACACACACACACACACACACACACAGAGAUUCCUGUCGCUAACUCCUUGACAAACUCAUACACGCAUUCACCUGUGUUCUAUCGUGUGUCGUCAACAUGCCCCCCAACCCCCCCCCGCAUCACAGCCACACACUCCCGCAUCACAGCCACACACUCCCGUCAUCUCUGGAGGAAUCAGAUCAGAAAUCUACACUCCAAAGACGUGAUUGAGGUCGUAGUCUUUGGAGCGUGGUAGAGCUGGUAAUCAAUCUGCGCCGGGAUUGGUUGUAGAUCCACAGAGCUGGAAGUCUAGGAAUGGGAAUUGCUUUGAAAAAGGAGUCGCAAGGGAAAUAAUGGGAAUUUUCCCAUCAGUAUCAAUUUCAUAUUAUGGAUUAUAUAUGAAUUCUAUAUAUGAAAAACUGCAUCUUUAAAAAAGCAUGAACUUAUGAUGAGAAAAAGGUGUGUGUGUGUGUGUGAGAGAGAGAGAGAGAGAGAGAGAGAGAGAAAGCAAGCAAGAGGGAGAGUUAAUCCCUACAUGUAUCCUUUCCUCUUAUAUCAAGUACAUUUUGCAUCUGUAUUAAGUGCCAAGAAUCAUGAACAUCACACACAUACAAAUGAGAAAUGAAUUUGUAUGAGCUAUGAACCAAAGACUGUCUUCAGUGAGAUCCUUGGGAUUUGAGCUGACAGAAUGAUACACAAUGGCUCACCAAUGAAAUAACUGUCACGUAACCACAGUAACGGUACCGCCAAUGAGAUUGGAUGGAUUUCGGGUAACUCCUCUUGCAGCGCUGAGGAACGGACAUCUUUGUUGGUCAACUGGGAUUUGGAAAAAGACUUGUAAUUGGACCUUAUGAAAUGAUUGCUAAGAAGAAGGGGGCAGUGGGUGGAUGGUAGAAGCUAUGUCCACUUCUGACUGUUCCAGGAUGUGUGUAGUGCCAACAACCCCAUCCCACCCAACGUCACCCCCACUAACUCCCACCCCCACCCAGCCCCAUCCUGACAGCAGACUGCCAUAACCAAGCCUCUAGUGCCUUUGAAAAUGCUAUGCAGGUCCUGUGACCAUUAAUACGCCUUGACAAUCUCACACACUUAUUCUCUCUCUCUCUCUCUCUCACUGCUUGUAAGCCAUUUCAUUUAACUUAAGGCAGCAAUAUGAGAUUCAUGCUCCUUUUCGUGACCCCUCUGUAUGGUCCACACACACACCAUACAGACAGUCGUAGAGAACUCCACUGAGAGUAGAUCAAUGGAUUCCAGAGAGUGAUGUCAUUCCCAGCCUCUCCUGGUUGAAAGGUGAUUGGGUUUGAGUAGGAGUGUGUGACACACAUGUUAGGUCUAGGGUUGCAAAGUGGCGGAAAAUUUCCGGUAAAUUUGGUGGGGGAAGCUGGGGAAUUUUGGAAAUAUUCCAAAUUGGAAACUUUCAUGGAAUUAAAGGAAAUUAUGGGAAUUAA